AUUACGUCAUCUGCGAAUUGCAUUAUCGAUCAGAUUUCUUCACAAUCACUCCUUGUCCUCGUUCAUUAACUCGAUUGAUAGACUCGGCGCUUCCCUCUUCUCUUCCCGCACGUUCUUUGUAGCGGAACGACGUGGCCGACAAGUUUGCCGACCGGAUCUCCAACGGUACCGUACGACUAAUACCUCGGGAAAAUCGAGCGCGGCACCGGCUAGAUUCGUACCGCCACGCCGUCGAAUUCACAGUUUGUCGCGCUUAACCGGUGCGCGUGGUUCGACCUGUCGCGGCUCUCCGGUUCUCUCUCACGGAGAAGCGAUCGAAGUGUAGUGCUCACCUAGGAUCGAACGGAUUAAGUAAUAAUGACAAUGCGGUGCCGGGCGUCGUCGAUCGUCGUCACAAUCGCGCUUCUGGUCGUCUUGCUGGAUAGUGCAAUCGCCAUUAGCGAUAAGCUGCGAAUAGCCUACCAAUGGAAGCAAAUCGAUUAUGAAUGGCCGAGCAAUGAUAUUAAGAGGCUCUUCCCAGAUUACAAGCAGGAGGACAAUCUGCCCUUAGGUUUGGAGGUGGCCGGCGAUCGGCUGUUCAUCACAGUGCCUAGAUGGAGACAAGGGGUUGCCGCAAGUCUCAAUUAUAUUAAACUUAACGGUACGAACAAUUCACCACCUCUGAUUCCGUAUCCCUCCUGGGAGGCCCAUCAGUAUGGCGCCGCCGGCGUACCAGAGAUCGUUUCGACGUUUCGCGUGCGCGCCGAUCGUUGCAACCGGCUUUGGGUUCUGGACACAGGACUGACGGACAUCCUGGGUAGCCCUGAGCAGCAGGCGCCGCCGGCGUUGAUCGUCUACGACCUGAUGACUGAUCGCGUGCUGCGCAAAUACGUGAUACCGUCCGACCAAAGGACCACUGAUUCCCUAUUCGCCAACAUCGCUGUUGAGGAUUACUCAUGUGAGGACUCGUACGGUUAUCUGGGCGACCUCGGCGGCCCGGGUCUCGUUGUCUACUCCUGGAGCCUCCGCAAAUCUUGGCUUGUCAAGCACCACUCUUUCCACCCGGAUCCGAUGGGCGGAGAAUUCAAAGUGUCAGGAAUAUCAUUUCAAUGGAAUGAUGGCCUGUUUGGGAUGGCUCUCGCACCGACUGGUGACGGCUACAGCACCAUGUACUACCAUCCACUCUCCAGUGGCAUGGAAUUCUCUGUUAGUACAAGGUUAUUACGCGAUGCUCAACGUGCCAGUGCUGCGGAAACGUCUCACGAAUUUCAAACGCUGGGUUCGCGCGGACCUAACGGCCAGAGUAGCGUCAGCUUCCUAGAUCCGAAGACCGGAGUUCUUUUUUACGCGCUGACGAAUCUAAACACUGUCGCCUGUUGGAGACCGCAAAAUAAAUUUUCCAUACAGCAACAAGGUUACGUUUAUCAGGAUAACAUCACCAUGGUUUUCCCCAACGAUCUUAAGAUCGAUCGGAAUGGCAACUUGUGGAUUCUCUCCGACAGAUUGCCCAUCUUCAUGUACUCGCAAUUGGACCUACGUGAUUAUAACUUUAGGAUACUUAUGGGAUCAACCGAGCAACUCAUUAUGGGCACGGUUUGCGAUUCAACAUACACCACGACGACGAUAUACAAUCACAGAGAUGACAUGGAUCACAUGAAUCACAUGGAUCAUAUGGAUCACAUCAAUCGUAUUGAUCACAACGAUCACGCGAUGAGCUUGACGCCCAGAAUCGGGAAUUUUGCUAGUUUCAUGAAGAUAGAUAUCGCGACAGUGUUGUUGUUAACAUGCCUUAGUAAAGCUCUCAUUUGAGGAACAGCUAUU